AUGUCCCCACGUCAAAGGGAGCAGCUGAAUCUCGCAUCUUCCUACAUUGACGGUAGUGCGGUGUACGGGUCAGACAAAGAAAAGGUGGAAUAUCUGAGAAGGCAUCACGGUGGCGAGCUGUGGACGUCUGAACCGAAUGAGCUUCCACAUAAGUCCCAUCCCAAUGCGAUCGCCGAAAAGAUGGGAUUGGCCUUUGCACGAGCAGGUGACCCUAGAGCACCGGAAGUACCCAUGCUGACAGGAAUCCACACGAUAUGGCUGAGAGAACACAACCGUAUUGCUCGUGAGCUGGCCGUUAUCAACCGGUUCUGGGAUGACGAAAAGCUGUAUCAGGAGUCGAGGAGAAUUGCCGUGGCUUUAAUCCAGCACAUCACCUACAGCGAGUGGUUGCCAGUUCUGCUAGGCCCAGCCAUAGUCAAGGACUACGAUCUUCUCCCACGGGUCUCUGGAUUCUACACAGAGUAUGAUCCCGCAGUGGACGCCUCCACCACUAACGUCGUAUCCACUGCAGCGUUCCGCUUCGGUCAUUCACUGGUCACCGCCUCCUUUCCUUUAUGUAAAAAGGACUUCACACAAGGUAGCUCUCCUGCCUUGAAGCUAGGGGAUAUGUUCUUCCGGUCUAACCAAUACCUGCUGCAUGAACAGGGCCUAAUGAGAGGGCUGUUGACAAAGCCCGUGGCUUCCAUGGAUGCCAUCGUCACCAACGAUCUAACCAACAAACUGUUCAAAACUCAUCAGGGAAACGGUGGUGAUCUGGUAGCGUUCAAUAUCCAGAGAGGCAGAGAUCACGGACUUCCCUCGUACAACUCUUGGAGGACUUUCACUGGUCUGCCCUCGGCGUCUUCCUUUACAGGGGCGGGCGGAUUUGUGGACAUCCCCGAGGACACCGUUCAGGCGCUGGCCAGUGUUUAUGGUCACCCCGAUGACGUGGACAUCUGGACGGGGGGUGUCUCGGAGAGGCCUGUGCCAGGAGGUUUGUUAGGUCCGGCGUUUUCACACCUUCUGGCCCGUCAAUUCAGCCGUUACCGACAGGGGGAUAGGUUUUGGUAUGAGACGUCGGAGGAGCCCCAAGGUUUUACAGCCGCUCAGCUGAAGCAGAUCCGCAUGAUGACCUUUGCCCGUAUUAUGUGCAACAGCUUUGACGUGGACAUGAUCCAGCCACAGGCAUUCCGCAUGGCAUCAGCUAAAGGGUAA